GACAGCUGAGACCGCUUACGGUCCAUCUCGCUUAAAUUAUUGCUUUAGGAUCUACAGAACAUUAUUGCUACCUUCUAUCAUUUUGUAACAUUUAUUUAUAUUAUGGCUGUUCUUAAAGCUCUUCUAGGUUUAUUUCCUACCGAAGAUUUUUUCAUGGCAAAUUUAGCAAUAAAUUCACAGAAUCUAUAUCGUGACGUUAUCAGAAUAGUCAUCCAGCCAUUCAUUGGCGAAUUGGCGAAUGAUUUUGAAAAAUUGAAAGGCUCCGAAUGUGCUCACUGCAAUCUUAUUAGAAUCGGUACGGUUUACGAUUUGCUAUAUGCAUGUUUACAUACCGGAGAAUGGUCCGUGAUUUCAGCAGAAGAGAGAGAAUUGUUUACAAUUUUCAGUUAUCUAAGGAUUAUUUACAUGAUGUUGUGCAUCGAAGAGAGUGCCGAAUUGUUCAGUGAUGCUAUCUAUGCUGCUGACAUAGGGUUAAUGUUGGGAUCUAGAGUUUCUACUGAUCCUUCUAUAUCUAAUCUUUGUUUGCUGACUGAAGUAGCAACUGUCUUGACGUCUGUAAAUAUAGAAAAACAACUAUGUCAAGUACCGAUGAAAAAAAUAAAAAUUGAUUUGGAUGACAAAAAGGAAGUUAAUUGUGAUAUUCAAAUUCUAUACUGCCCCACCCUGGAACAUUUUGGGUCUCAAUACUACGAUAAAGCGGAACCAGUUUUGCUUCGAGGCGUUAUUGAUGAUUGGCCAGCAAUGCAAAAAUGGCAUGACCUUAAUUAUCUCAUUAAACUAGCAGGAGAACGAACUGUUCCAGUAGAGAUUGGCUCUCAAUACAGUAACGAUGAUUGGUCACAGCGGUUAGUAAAAUUCAAGGAUUUCGUGGUCGACAAUUUGGGAGAAACUGUAAAUUGCGCUACUCCUAAAAACUGCGAAAAAUCAGUCUAUUUAGCACAGCACGAGUUGUUCGACCAAAUUCCGAAACUUAAAGAAGAUAUUUUUGUACCUGAUUAUAUUGGAAGAACAGACGUAAGUCCGCGGAUUAAAGCAUGGCUUGGUCCGAGAGGGACAAUAUCACCAUUACACACCGAUCCGAGUCAUAAUCUGCUGUGCCAGGUUUUCGGUAGCAAAACGAUUGUACUAGCUUCUCCCCUGGACACUCCAAAUCUCUACCCGCACGAACAUUUCAUCCUUAACAAUACCUCCCAACUGAACAUGAAGAGUUUGGACUUCAAUCAAUUCCCAAAAGCACGAGCUGUACAGUUCCGGCGGUUGGUGCUUCGUCGCGGAGAGGUCCUGUAUAUUCCACCAGAUUGGUGGCACUAUGUUGAAUCGCUUGCGCCCAGCUUUUCCGUUAGUUUCUGGUUUGAUUGAUAAACCUGAUGACAUACGUUGGAUUGUGAGCUGCUGAUUACACUCGACAAGCUAUAAAUACAAAAAUCAAUCAAUGUUCAAUAGAAAUAACUGUAAAUGUUUGAAAAUUAUGUAUAUAAGUGUAGAGCGAUUUAUGUUGUUGUCGUUCUGUAGUGCGAUAAUGUGGUAAUAUCAAUCUUUAUAUGCGAUGUUCAUAUAUGUUAAUAUGUCGAUUUUCACAACUAGCUAGGAAACAAUAAAUCAAUUUUGAAGCAUAA